GAACGAACGAACGCAGCCGCAUAACCACGAGAGCGGAGCCCUUGUUACAGAUCUUGCUCAUCGAUGAGUGAAUGUGGCUCGCAAGACGUCCCCUCAUCCUCCUGCGUCCGCAUAGGAGCCUCAGGCGCUUCAGCACAAAUGGAGACGACGCCGCAUCUCCCCCCGCACCCACCUCCGCUUCAGCAGCCAGCGGCGGCCGAGAGUUCAUCAAGCGGCUCACCCAGAACGCCAAAGGCAUGUCGGCACAGGAGAUCCGCACCCUCUUCGCCACACUCAAGCCCCAACUGCUGGCCCUGGCACACGCCACGACGUUCAGACAAGAGGCAGAUCGGUUCGUGUGUGACGAGGCGGCCGAGCAGGACAGGUGGGACAACUGCGGCUCGAUUGCCAUAGCCCUCAAUCUGAUGGGCAAGUAUGGCGUGAGGGAUAUGGACAUCGUCAACGCUCUCGAGCGGCCGCUGCUGGAGGCCUUCUGGUGUGACGGUUCAUCGCAGCGGCCCUCCUUGUUCACCGAACAGGACUUAUCCAUCGUCGCCAACGCGUAUGCGAAGCUCUCUGUAAGGUCCAUGAAGCUCUUCGCGGCCAUGGAGCACGCCAUGCGGCAGAAUGGAGGCACGUUUGUCGGCGAACUGUCGCCUCAGGGGUGCUCGCUCGUGCUCAACGCCUAUGCGAAGCUGGAAGUGCCGAUGGCGAGAGAUGUGGUGGUGAUUGUGGGGGCGCACGUGAGGCGGCUGAUGGAGGGGGGCGCGGCGUUUAUUCCGCAGCAUGUGGCGAUCGUCUUGAAUGCGUACGCGAAGCUUCAGGUGCCCGCGGGUGUUUUCGGUGAUGUUGCCGAGUGCGCGGCUAGGAGGGUUGUACAGGUGGGGCAAACGGAGGGCGAGUGCACGUGUGUGCUGUCACCUUUGUGUGCCUUUUGUGUUGGGUGUCAGUCGGUGGAUGCCUACAGCCAGCAGAGUCUGUCAAUGGUCCUCCAUGCAUUCGCGAAGUUCGAAUGGCUCAAUCAGGAGGUACAAAGCACCCACACACAUCUGAAUGAGCACGCAGCCGCACAAGUGCCGGUCUGUUGUCCUGUGGUGAUGUGGUCAGCUGCUCGAGUGUGCGUGUGGCCGGCUGCGUCGCGAGAACGGCGAUCUCGCUACCCUUCCCGAACAGCACUACUGCAUGAUGCUCUAUGCUCUGUCAAGGUGCGUGUGCAGACACCGACAGAGCCAAUCGUACACAGCGCGCGUGUAAGUCUUUGUGUCUGCGUGCGUUCAGGUUGCUAUAUCGAGACGAGGCCUUGUUGGCCCGCUUGGUCGAUAUGGUGCCCCAGAUGCUCGAGGGAUUCACGCCACAAGGUCAGAUGCGCCAGUGUGCGUGCGUAUAUCUGUACGUAUCCUCCGUUGAUUGACAUGCUUGAUCGUCACUGGGGCGACUUGUGGCCACAAUGACGUCAGUGAGCGGAGAGAAUGACAGGGCGGAUCUCUGCCUCUGAACGCACUCGACGCGCCAGAGGGGUCGUUCCCCGUCCGAGACUAGCCAGACAGACAGACAGGAAGACAGGCCAACACAUAUGCGUGUAUAUGUGUGGCUGCAUAGCACAGCGUUUCCAUCUCACGUCAGAACCCUCUCUCUAUGUCUUUGCUGCUGCAUGAAUGUGUGCAGGUCUGGCGAAUUCUUUCCUGUCCUUCUGCCGCCUCGACGUACCAGCCCCACCAGAUGAGACCAUCGAUCUCCUCUCAUCUGAGUGCCUCCGCCGCGCCCUCGCCCCGCACACACCGCUGGGCCCCUUCGAGCACAUCCAUCUGCUCAACUGCUGCUUUGCGGCCGUCUACUUCAUGCGCAAUGAGGGUCGCUGGUUUGAUGCACUUCUGGGCGGGAUGGUGAAGGGAGUCGCGGAGAGGCUGGGUGCAAGAGGCUGUGACAGUGACAGCCGCUCCGGCUUGCAGAAGUGCGGUCUGACUACUGAGGGGCUCUUCCAGCUGAUAACGUCGUUGCUGCACCUGACUCUCGAGCCAUCGCCUUGCCGCUCACUGGCCGACCUUUCCCUCUCGUCGAUUGGGACCUGGGUGUGGUUGCUGGAUGAAAUCGGGCCCUCUCUCGCGCGCCAUGCUGACGGAAGCGAGCCGCUUGACGACAGCCAGGGGCCUUCGAGCAAGAUGCACGAAGACGUGUCCCUAUCGCUGCGAAGAGCGACGGUCGGGGAGGAGCUGAUGGUUGUCGAGGAGGCUGAAGCGAUGCCUUUUCGAAUCGAUGUGGUGGUUAUGCGUAUGAACAGGGGAGCGACAAAGUGGGCUUAGUUGGGUUCAUCACGGGAUAUAUGGAUCAGAGGAUGUAAGGACACUGCAUGGAAUCUCCAAGAAACUGAAAGUGUGACACAAGGGACGUGAGAUGGCCCUCCACCCCCCCUCAUGUUAUUGACUCGCUUCAUGGACACUAGAGAAAGUCAUUCACUGAAAAAGUG